AGUGUAUAAACAACAAUUUACGUUUUUGCUUGAAGGAAUCCAAACGUGCUCGAUCACCACGUUCGGAACGACACGAACCUGCUCCUCAGCCGUGAGAAGAACCGUUUCCGGAGUUUGACGUGGGAACAGUACGACCCGGUGCACCAAAAGUACCUGGAGAUCGGCAUGAGACCGAAGAUGAAGAACCAUUACAGAGCUCACCAAUUGUCGGUGUGGCUACGCCUCGUUCCGGAGCUGCACCGCGCGGGAAUGGAGGACGUGGACGCCAGGCACAAUCUGUUCCGCGGCCACUCGGACCCGAGCCUGUACGACGGAUCGGUACGGCCGGAUCCAUCGAGCAGAAUCAGCGAGGAAUUCAAAAGGAAGGGCAACAUCACCACCGAGCCGCCGACCACCACCGAUUACAAUGCCGCCACUACCUGCGCCAGCGAGAUUCAGAGCACAAAUCUGCAGAACGUUCAUAACGCCAGCACGGACACCCUAGCUAGUCUUGACGCAGCUGGGUAUGCAGCGUACUCGACAGCUUUGAGCGUGACGAUUGCGAUUGGGUGCAGUUUACUGAUUCUGAACGUGCUGAUUUUCGCUGGGGUGUACUACCAGAGAGACAAGACUCGACUCGAGGUGAAGAGUCUUCAGCAGCAACAAAUGUUGAAUCAACAGUGCGGACCGCGGGGCUUUUCCGAGCUGAAACAACCGCCGCCGCCGCAUUCUCAUUUCCCCGGCAGCGGGCAGGUGAUCGUCGACGUCGAAAACGAGAUGCUGAGAAGUGCAGCGAUCGAUGAGGAGAAUCGAGACAUUUAUCACGAGCGUGAAUUAAAGUUGGAAGAAAUUCUCAAGUGGAGCGGGAACGUUAUGAAAGGCCCUCCGAAUGAUCCCAACUCGCUUCUCCAACAAGGCCAGGGAACUCACACGUUGCCUCAUCAACACCAUUAUCAAAAGCAACAUCAGCAACAGCAUGCCACUCUUCCCCGAGCUUCCGUCAUACAGGACAUGAAUGCACAAACCCAAGGUCCACCAAACGGGUCCAUACAUAUGACAGUGCCAAGAGCACCACCACCCCCUCGAGCAAAGAGUCCACCCGAGAACCAGCCCCUGUUGCAGAGCGCAACCGUGUCAAGUCGCGUGUCCCAGGCUGCUAUGAGCGAGAUGCGAGUGUGAUGCUUGGACCCCCCUCCGAAGCCGGUCGUGCCGGACGUCCUGACGGCAUCGACGUUGCUUUAAGAGUCUGAGGAAACUGUCUCGUCCGUGCCUCUGGCACGAAAACUUUUAACAGUUUUCCGUUUCCACCUGACGGCGAUGACGGGGAAAGACGGAGGGGGGGUGUAUGUACUGAGCUUUCCAGCUCGAUGUUGAACGAACGAUCGAGGGGUAGAGAAUAGGAAUAUAUGGUAUUCGUUGAGGGAUGUAUUAGGAUAGACGAAGAUCGGUGAAACUAAUAAGCGCAGAGGUGUGACUCGAUUAUCGACCAGGAAUUCGUGUGAAGACACUGCGGCAAGUGCUGGGGAUGGACAUUAGGAACUGAAUUUUAGCGCAUAGAUUUCUCUAUAGAUUCCUUAAUAAAGUGGAGACGCCGAAUUCGUAUAUCUCGAGAUCGAUAAUGAUCGGGGAUAGCGACGAAACGGAGAUCUGACGAUUGAAUCGAGGAAAAAUCAAAUCGUAUUUCACUAUGGAGACGAGUACACUCUGCUAGCUAGUCGGUAAUAAUGAAUUCUAGGUGUUACGAAAGAAGACGAACGCUCAAGGCAAAAGUCGAUCAUGGAGAUCCGUGUAUAAUACGCUAUCCACUACGAUGUUAGAUGUUCCUUGUACAUAUUUAAUGAAGAUGAUAAAGAAAAAAAUGAGAAGAUAAGUGAAUUUAUACUAUAAGUGAAAGCCAAAUACAUUUGCUACUUUCUAAGAGGACUCGUGUGCCGUUUGAUUGUCUGUUUUAUUCGUUUCCUCGUUCUACGUUACGCAUUUUCUCCUUCCUACGACCGAUUGUAAAACGUUGAAACGUGCGAGAUCAUUAGUAUUGUCAUCCAUCGAGCUCACCACCGACGAGUCGACCAGCUUUUUCUUUUGAUCGGUCAAAGGAUAUCUAAAUCAUGGUAAAAUAACGUGAGUCAUCGUUAUGAGAAAAACGUUUUAAUCGAAAGAACAGGUGCCUCCUUCACACAGGACACAACGUACCGUCCAACUUUUGCCACAGUUCAUUCAACCAUUAUAAUUUUCAGGAAGGAAAAAUAAAAAGAAAAUUGUACUAAUUGGUCGCUCUACAUAUUUUUUCUGUUCAAACGAAAUAAGACUGGAAAACUGAUCGCGUAUUCUAUUCAGAUAAAGAUAGAAAAUUGAUAUUGCUUUGCACCGAUCAAAAGUUUCGACUGUCGACCUCGUCCCAUUAAUGUAAAAUAAAAACCACGAUUCUAACUGACUCCAUAUCACGAAAAUUCGACGAUGGCGAACGUCUGCGAAACGGUGCACCAAUAAUUACCGUUUUUUCUACGCUUUUUGGUAAUCAGAAAUCUACCGGCGAUGAGUAGAUUUCGUCCCGCUCGAAUUACCAUGUACUGACAAACAAUUAUUGAAAGGAAUUUUUAACGGGAGACUCGAUUUACGUUUACUAUUCAGGGAUCCAAUCUUGAGAAAAUAAUAUUAUCAAAUGAUGAUAACAUUUUCAUUUUGAUCGUGACUCUCAUGCCUAAGAAACGUAACUUUCUAUCGUUACGUGGUAGCGCGGCAGAGCUACCGAGAUUGGAUAAAUUCCUGUUACAGCGUUAUGAGAAGAUUACAGGUCGUGAAACGUACAAACGUGCUAUUUGAUCUGCUGGCACACAAUUCAUUGCGCAACGUUUAAUUACAAGAAUGAUCAGUUGGUAACGCAACUGGGAACAACCGCACGUUACUGAAUAUCCGAUGUAAAUCGAGUAGGUAUACACGAUUAUGCAGAAGAGCGGCGGCUGGUCGAAGGAAAACUCAUACACCGUGAAACUGAAUCUAGCCGAGAGUCACUAGAAUUUAUGCUAGCCUGAGGAAUAACUCGGUAAUCGAUCCGUUUCGGAUUCGAAGCGUACGUGUCGUUUUUUUUUUUUAAAUGUAAAAAUAAACGUAUGCGUAUAAGUGUAAAGAUAAAUUUGUUAUUGUGCAUAACACACUGCCAUUUAACGCGUACAAGAAGAGUUUCGCCGGUCGAUUCGGACGUACGAGAGGCUGUAAACUUCAAUUGAUUCGAUUCUUUGAAGCAUAAUAUUAUAUCAUAGUGAUCGGUUUUUAACUGUUUUAGAUUCUCUCAGAUUCGCUGUUACAAAUAACGAUUAUGCUUCAGGGGAUUAAUUGAUGGACAGAGUUUAGCACUUUCACUGUUGUCAGAUAAUCAAAUCCUGUCUUUUAUCGAGCCCUUAUUUCACAUUUACACAUAUGUACGUGAUGAAUAAAAUCAAACGUCGCCUGAAUCAAAAUCAUUUUCGAAAUGAUACUCUAUUUAGGAAAUGGCAGUGAACGGGUUAAAAAAUGUUCCAAUGGCUGGUCAGUUUAAAAUGGAACCGCCAUACGAAGACCGAGCUUAAAGUGGGAAGAGAAAAAGAGGGAAACGUAUUAAUUAAAGAAUCAAAAAGUUUUUUGUACAUACGAUUAAGCGAUUAAAAUAAAACGAAUCAAAAGGACGUGUUUACGAUAUCCUCACCGAACUGCACGCGACGAUCGAGCAAUCUCGUCGAUCAUUUUCGGCGCCGUUUGUGGGAACCGGGGCAACAAAAAUUAAAUUGUACCGAGCGAUAUGUCUUUUUUAAGGUCACUUGCGGAAUUUCGUGAAGAGCAGUUACGUAAAUAAAUAUCAUUAAGUACGGACAAUCCGAAUAUACUAAAGACUAAAAAACGAGGAGGAAGAGGAGGAGGGGUAGGGGAGGGGGGGUUGAGAGCGAGUAAAGGUAGAUUUAAUUAAGCAGGAACCAUGAUCGGAAACACUGCGGCGGGGAUAAAACUCGGAACCGGUUAAACAGAUGUUUAAGAAAAUUUAAAUAACGUAUAUUAAAUACACAUAUUAUGGAUUGUAAUGAAUUCAUUAUGACGAAUAUUAUUACAUUUAUGUGAUUUUGAGCUGGUCUCGCGUUCCGCCGAAAGCGUAUCGAUUCUUUCGGCGGAGGGCGAGCCUACCUGUUACGUUUAACGUUUCUGUUAUCAGAUUGUAAAUAUAUAACAAAAUACGUGGUGAUAUUAA